AUGGGGAGAUCAGAAGAAAGUGAAAUGGAGAUUGAUCUGUCCCUGAAGCUUGAUGCUCAAGAAGAAGCAAAAGAGGAUGAGCAAUUACAAUCAGAUGAUCAAGUUUCUGAAGAACCCAUUGAAGAAGAGAGUAAAGAAGGAAAAUCUGAAGAAGUAGUAGAUGAUGCAUCUGUAGCUUUAUCCUCCCAAGAAAACGUGAAGAGAGAAGAGAUGGAGAUGAACCGUAUGAAAGAGGAGAACAAGGUGUUGAGGAAGGUGGUAGAGCACACAAUGAAAGAUUUCUAUGAUCUGCAGAUGAAAUUUGCUGUUAUUCAACAAAGUAAGCAAAAGAAGGGUCCUAAAAUUUUUCUCCCCCUCCAUGGUUCUGACCAUGAGAGAGAAGAAACAAAGAGAAGUCCAGAAAAUUUAGAAGAAGACGAUACUACAGACCAUGAAUUAGGGUUGUCUUUGAGGCUGCAAAGCAGUACAAGCCAACAAGAAAGAGAAGAAGGUCAUAAAGAAGAGAACAAGGGAGAUGUGGCAAGAUUUGUACCUAUGCAAGGUAAGAUACACCAGAGCAAUUUUUCGGGCAUCACAAGCCAUGUUGCUCCUUCUCCUGUCAAUCGAAAAGCUAGGGUUUCAGUCCGGGCAAGAUGUGAAGCAGCCACAAUGAAUGAUGGAUGCCAAUGGAGGAAAUAUGGCCAAAAAAUUGCCAAAGGAAAUCCUUGCCCGCGAGCCUAUUAUCGCUGCACAGUAGCUCCUGGAUGCCCAGUUCGAAAACAGGUGCAAAGAUGCUUAGAAGACAUGUCAAUACUCAUCACAACAUAUGAAGGAAACCAUAAUCAUCCACUCCCUGUGGGUGCAACAGCCAUGGCUUCAACAGCAUCUGCGGCAGCAUCUUUCAUGUUAGUCGAUUCAAGCAAUCCUCUCUCAGAUGGCAUCUCCAAUAUCACCCACCACCCACCUUUCCCAUACCAAAACCCCCAUAUAAUAACCUCUCCUUCUCUAUAUACAUCACCCUUUAGAACCAUUAAUAACCCUCAUGAUCCUUCUAAAGGAAUAGUGCUUGAUCUCACAAACAAUGCCGGAAAUAACCAACAAUUUUCAAUGGCUAGCUCCUCUCGUCCCUCUUCUCAACUUGGAUUUUCUUGGCUGCCAAACAAACCCACCAGUCAUAAUGGCAAUCCCAAUAUUGUCAACAAUCUUUUUGCUGGUCCUAAACUAGUGGAGGAAAUGGGGUGGAAAGGAGGAGAAAAUAAGUCAUUGGCUGAAAAUGUGAGUGCAAUUGCUUGUGAUCCUAAGUUUAGGGUUGCAAUCGCUGCCGCCAUUUCCUCUCUCAUUAAUAAAGAAAACCAAACAACUCAGCCCACAGGGCAUUCUUUAGCUCCUAGGGAUGGGGAGAGUGGUGGGUCUAGUAGCAAAAAUUGGGUGCUUCAAUCUGAGUCUACAAGUGGUAAGCCUAUUCCACAUUCACCAUGA